AUGUAUGCUUGGGUUACCGUAAGUCAGAAUGCUGCUAUUGGCACGAACCAAAAUAGUCAGACAUUUUGGAAAAGUAUCUCGGAAAUGUAUGAGGAAGCUCGUGCGGACAACUCAAAGUUUAUGGGACAACAAAGAACCAUUGAAUCGCUAAGGAAUCGUUAUAGGAGGUUGAACACAAAUGUAACCAAGUGGUUGGGCGCCUACAAAGAAGCAUAUGCUCAAAAAAGUAGCGAUUAUGCGUCAUUAUCCAAGUGGGAAUUGAAAUUGGGUGUUGAGCAUCAUCGUACUCGCAUUGAUCGAGAAUAUGCUGGCGAUGAUGAUGUUGAAGAAGAUCGUGGAAGCUCCAAAAGAUCAAGAACUACCGGAGGAGAUGAGGACCCAAACGAUGAAAUCCAAGUUAGUGAAACUUCAACAAUUCGUCGUCCUACUGGCAGAGACAAGGCGAAAGGAAAAAGGAAAGGAAAAGCCACUGCAUCACAAUCCCCAGUUGUUCCUGAUGACUACACUGAAGCACUUAAUGCAAUGAGGAUCACACGUGAGAAAGAAAUUGAAGCAAUUAACAAGAUUGGAGAAAUUAAGAUGCAAAAAUUAGCCAUGAACACGCUCAACAACAAAAUGAAUAUGCUCAACACUUUAAUGGUCAGCAAUACCAGAUCGCCGGAGCAACGUUCUCAUCGGCGGCGGCGGAGGACAAAAACAAUGGUGCACGUCUCGUUUUACCGGAACUAUGGAAAGACCUUCAAGAAGCCACGACGUCCGUAUGAGAAGGAAAGACUUGAUGCUGAGCUCAAACUUGUUGGAGAGUAUGGUUUGAGGUGCAAGAGGGAGCUUUGGAGGGUUCAGUAUGCUCUGAGCCGCAUUAGGAACAAUGCUAGGAACCUUCUGACCCUCGAUGAAAAGGAUCCACGCCGUAUUUUUGAGGGUGAGGCCCUUUUGAGGAGGAUGAACAGGUAUGGACUGCUUGACGAGAGCCAGAACAAACUCGAUUAUGUUCUUGCUCUCACUGUGGAGAACUUCCUCGAGCGCCGUCUCCAGACACUCGUUUUCAAGGCUGGCAUGGCUAAGUCCAUUCAUCAUGCUAGGGUGCUCAUCAGGCAAAGGCAUAUCAGGGUUGGCAGGCAGGUCGUUAACGUGCCUUCAUUCAUGGUGAGAGUUGACUCACAGAAGCACAUUGACUUCUCUCUCACGAGCCCGUUUGGCGGUGGCCGAGCUGGAAGAGUGAAGAGAAAGAAUCUGAAGGCGGCAGCAAAGAAGGCCUCUGGUGGUGAUGGUGAUGAGGAAGACGAAGAGUGA